AUGCAUCCACGCAUUUCAGGGCAGGGCGUCUUUCCACGCUAUGGCGGUGGGUGGAUGCAUCAGUUCGGCCACGUGUAUGCGCUUCAGCAGGAGUUACUGAACCCGCAGUCCAGCAAUUGGUUUAGGGCAAUUGAACUUUGGCACACGGCGCGCCACGAGGGAGUUGCACUCAAUUCCGCGCAUUACACAAAUAUUCUUCGCCAGUGCGUUCAUGCGACGGCGUGGGAAGCUGCACUGAAGGUGCUUCGCCAAAUGCAGCGAGAGGGCAUCCGUCCAGAUGUCGUAGGGGUUGGCUGCGCCCUGGCCGCAUGUGCCGAUGCAAACAGGGUAUGCGAGGUUGAGGACGUGUUCAAUGAGUUUAGUGGUAAAAUGGCUCUGGACAGUGUCUGCUACCUCGCGCUUAUCAAGGCAAAGAUGGCAGACGGGCGGUGGGAGGAGGCCAUAGCGGUUGGGGAGCGGCAGCAGGCGGAUGGAGUGCACUUUCUUCCGCAUACGUACACGCACCUCCUCGAGGCCGCAAAUGAGGCGGAUGCAGGGGACUUUGCGCUGGCGCUGGUGCGCCGCAUGCGAGCGGAGCAGUGGGAGCUGCCGGAGAGGGGGCGUGCCGCCUUCAAGAGGUUGUGCGUGCGUCGCAAUUGGAACGAGGCGUUCGACCAGCUGGGCGCCUAUAGUGCCGCGGGCGAGUCGUCCCCCCGGCUUCCGGGGGCGUCUUCGUAA